CAUUGAGGCGCCGACUAACUAAAUAUAUCAAGGUAUAUUCGUUUUGGUCCUGCGUUACUCAGCUUCCCAUUUCUUGUGCAACACAAAAUGGCAAGAGCUAUGUUUUCUCGGGCUUUUCAUCUAAGAAAAGAUCCAUGGCAAGAUGCGCCAUCAGACCUUUCAAACAAAGUCGCAAUUGUCACUGGAGGAAAUUCUGGUAUUGGUUUUGAAACUGUUAAAGGUCUCUGCAAAACAGGAAUGACCGUAAUUAUGGCUUGCAGGUCUGAAGAAAAGGCAAACAAAGCAAUUGAAUUAUUAAAAGAGGAGCAACCAGAUUCAAAAGAUAAUUAUACUAAUGAAACAUUGUCAUCUAUUAUAUUCUGUAACAGAUCUGGGUCACCAGAAAGUUAUUCAAGAAUUGUUACUGUUUCUUCAUCUGCUGGAAAAUUUGGAACCAUUAACUUUGAAGAUUUACAGAGCAAGAAUCGCUAUAGUAAAUAUGCUGCAUACGGCCAGAGUAAAUUGGCUAAUAUUCUAUUUACAUAUGCCCUGCAGAGAAGACUAACUACAGAGCAGUGUUAUGUUACAGCCAAUUGCGUUCAUCCUGGAGUUGUUGACACAAACUUAUUUCAGCAUCAUGCAAAGGUUAUUCGUGUUCCCAUAGCAAAGCUUUUCUUUUUGUGCUUUUAUCGUUUGAUAUGGAGUCCCUGUGCCUCCAAACCGCUGACUAACGAAUUCGAAAUAUCGAAUUUUAUCAUUUUUGCCAUUUCCGUCACACUCGUCUCGUUUAUCGUCUUCCUUUUUCUUGUGCAAAAGAAAAUGGAUUGGAAUGGAACAAAAGCUGUGCUUUCUCAGGUCUAUAAUGAUAGAAAAGAUCCAUGGAAAGACGUGCCACCAGACCUUUCAAACAAAGUCGCAAUUGUCACUGGAGGAAAUUCUGGCAUUGGAUUUGAAACUGUUAAAGGUCUUUGCAAAACAGGAAUGACGGUAAUUAUUGCUUGCAGGUCUGAAGAAAGGGCUAACAAAGCAAUUGAAUUAAUAAAAGAGGAGCAACCAGAUGCUAAAGUGAGAUUUAUGAACAUUGAUCUUACAAGUCUUGAAUCCAUCAAGGGAUUUGUGUCUAAAUUCAAAGAGAGUGAAAGCAAUCUUCAUAUUCUGGUAAACAAUGCUGGAGUGAUGCUUACUCCUUUCUCUCAAACAAAAGAUGGCUUUGAACUUCAGCUUGGUAYCAACCACUUGGGACACUUUGCCUUGACGAUGCUUUUAUUAGAAAUAUUAAGAAGAUCUGGGUCACCAGAAAGUUAUGCCAGAAUUGUUACUGUUUCUUCAGUUGUUGCMUUGGUUGGAACCAUCAAUUUUGAYGACUUACACAGCAAGAAGCACUAUAGUCCAUCUACUGCAUACAACCAAAGUAAAUUGGCUAAUAUUAUGUUCACAUAUGCCAUGCAGAGAAGACUAACUAGUGAAAAGUGGUAUAUCACAGCUAAUUGUCUUCAUCCUGGAGUUGUUAACACURAACUAUUCCAGUAUUAUCCAUGGGCCGUUCGUCAACCCAUAGCAAAGCUUUUCUUUAUGACCCCUGAACAAGGUGCUUAUACAAGUCUCUAUGCCUGYCUCUCCCCUGARCUGGAAGGAARAGGUGGAUUAUACCUGGAUAACUGCCAGGAAUCACAAAGUAAUGAGGAAUCUUAUGACCAAGAUGUGCAGGAAAAACUGUGGGACAUUAGCUGUGAUUUGACUGUCCUAAACCAGUGGUGCUAGUUUGUACUUGUGGGCAAAAGUUUUACCACAUAUGUAUGUAAAUAUCCAAACUAUCAAAAAGACAAUUAUUAUAUUCAUAAAGUCAAAAAUGUCUAAAUUUUAUCAAGAAUUGAUCUGUCAGAAGAAAACAAUUAUUUCAAAUAGGAAUAAUCAAUUAAUGUAUUUUUAUUCAAUGUUCUGUACACAAAACAAAAAAUUAUAUAAUAUAUUUUGGUAAAGUGAAAUUUGUGGAAAAUAAUGAUUUGAGUUGUUUUACAUAAUACCAAUCACAAUAUGAUUUUUUAAAGUAAUUUGUAUAGUUAAAUUGUAUAUUACCAAGUAUGUGCUUUUGGAUUUCUUUUGAGAACUGUGUGAUGCAGGGAUGACCUCAUGAAUUUUAUGUGUGCUUUGAUUGUUCACUGCCAAUUAAGCUGUAUUGUCCUUUGGCAAAUCAUCACAUUUGACAUUAUCUGUGUCUCUGAAAUCUAUUUGUUAAAAAUUUCCUAUGAAAUAACUAGGAUUGGUGCAUGUAAAAACCGUGUAUGAUAUUCAUAUACUAUAAUAAAGAUUGGUCAAAGUAAUACRCAAUGGUUGGUCUAGAUUAAGACUGGAUUAAUCUUGAUUAUUUUGGUCUUGAUUAGCAAUUCUACUUGAGCAAAAAAAAUUAGUGGAGCAGAUUUACUUUUUAAUAAUUUGUACGAAAUACUGUAGUAAUUUAUUUGUCAUUCAUGAAUGUAAAAAAGCAAAAUUCAUUAGUAAAGACAGCCAAAACUA